UAAUAUAUAGGUCUUAUAUUAAUCCCAACCCAUGUCGCGGCGAAGAAAUUUAAGGGUCAAGCAGACAGACUGUGGGGAAGCUGCCCUGCGCAUCGGUCAAUGGCGAUUCCAGAAUCCGGAUGCGUCUCUCCUGAUCGUGCUCUGCGCCGUCUGGUUGGCUGCGAUUCGCCUUUUUCGCCGCAGUGGUUCCAAGGCAUUUAAUAUUAUUACGUAAAGAUUUUGC